CAAUAUACUCGUCAAUAUACAGAUCUGGGGAUCAAUAUACUCCUCAAUAUACUCUCAAUAUACAGAUGGUAGGGAUCAAUAUACUCCUCAAUAUACUCUCAAUAUACAGAUCAUACAGAACAUCAUACGGAUCAAACUACCAUGGUCUUGAUCAAGAUGAACGACAACAAAGCACACCCACUACUCGCCCAAGUCCCCCUCACAGUCUCCCCCUUCAUCUCCCUCCCCACCGCCACCACCCUCCCCUACACCUACAAGACCCUCCCCUCCACCCUCCCCCGCUCCUCCACCGCCACAACAUCCACCGCCGGCGCUGCCGACUCAAAACCACAAUACGUCGUCUCAGCCGCCGGGCACGCCGCACACCCCGACGAGAUCCUCGCGUCGUGCAAAGCGCUGCAGGCGUACAUCGCGAAAGUACAAGAUGAUGCGGACCGCGAGCUGAGGGGGUGGGAGGAGGGGAUACGGGCGAGGGAGUUGGCGGAGAAGAGGAGGGUUGCGCCGGGGUGGUUGGAUAGUGAGGCGAGGAUUUUGGAGCCGGCGCAGAGGGCGGCGAGAUGUGGGGGGGGGGUGAGUAUAAUGGAUAGUGAGAAGGAGGGGGAUGGGUUGGGAGAGAGUUUGUCGGAUAGGGUUAUGAGGGAGGGGCAGGAGAUGGAUAGGGCGUUUGGGGGGUUGGUGAUGCGGUAG